AUGAACCAAACCGAGCUCCUCGAGAGCUUGAAAUGCGCCUCGGAGGGUAUGGUCAAAGCCAUGACCUCUACCACAAUGAAAUUGAACUUUGUAUUUAUUGCAACCGUGAUUUUCCUCAGCUUCUACUUUGCUGGGUUGGCUAUUCAAGCUCUUUUAAGGAAUAAUAUAUUCUCAAAUUCAACGCGGCAUAUUUUAAUAGUGUGCUUGUUGAAUUCCAUCGUUCAUCAGGCAGUGACAUUGGAGACACGGAUUCACCAGGUAUACCGAAGCUUUGUUUAUUCAUCCGAGCCCUGCAGACUACUAUUCCAUUUUACGGAAUGCGAAGUUGAACUGUAUUUCUACUACCUUACUAAUUAUUUCUCAACGUAUGCAGUCUUCUCACUUACUUUUGACCGAUUAGUAUCCCACUACAAACCAAAGUACUAUUUCUCGCACCAAUACUAUGUCUCCAACUCCCUUCUAAUCAUCCAACUGCUUCUCUCACUCAGUACGUAUUAUGUUGGAUUAUAUGGAGUUCCACUUGUUGGCUAUGCGCCAAUUUGCUACUAUACUCCAAGACUCGCUGUCAAUUUUAGUAAAAUCAAUGAUUUCCGUACGGCAACUAUGGUUUUCUGCAUCAUUGUCACUAUAUUCAUCUACUACUUGAGCGUAAAAUCAGAAAAGCAAAUUCAUCGAACCAGUUAUUCCCCUGGGGAAAGGUACAUAGCUUGUGAAAAUGUCGCAACAUCUCAAUCAGUGUGCAUAUUAAUUGUGCUCCAGUUUGCCUGCAUUAUGUUGUCCUCAUUUGGCGUUAAUUAUAUCAGAGCUAGAGAAAGUUUAAUGUCAGAAGAGAAUUUCAAUAAAAUUGCUCCGUUCUUUCCGGGAGUAACCUACGCGAGCCUAUGCCUUCCUCUUGUUAUCUACUUCAAGACAAAACUAACGAUUCGAAAUAGGAAGCUCCGAAUUGGAGUGAUGACAUCAAUGUACGGAGAUGUCGGAGAUCAUAUGAAUCGGCUCAAGAAGAGCUGGGAAUAA